AUGAGGGUUUCCAAAUUCACGCUUGUCCUCGGCCUGGGAGGGCUCGUAUUGACAGUUGAAGGCACUUACCAAAGUAGUACGUGUGCUGCUCUCGCAGCAGCCUUUCCAGGAGAUGUGUUCUACCCCAACAGCACGGCCUACAUCCAGGCCAACGACUACUGGUCGGUGCAACAAGAGGAUGUGCAUCCGCAUUGCUUCGUGGCCCCCAGAGACACAGAAGGGGUAUCAACAGCCAUGAAGCUCCUGACAUCGCGAAACGCAUCCUUCACAGUCAAAAGCGGCGGCCACACUCCCUUUGCCGGUGGCUCCAACAUUGCCAACGGCGUGACCAUCGACCUAGUGCACCUGAACGGCAUCAAUAUCUCGGAUGAUCGUCAGACCGUCUCCCUCGGCCCGGGCAACCGUUGGAUAAACGUGACCGAAGUCCUCGACCCUCUCAAUCUGGCCGUGGUGGGAGGACGCUCCGGCGCAGUUGGUGCAGCCGGGCUAAUCCUCGGCGGUGGCAUCUCAUACUUCUCCGGUGAGAGGGGAUGGGCCUGUGACAACGUGCGCAAUUUCGAGGUCGUCGUCGCGUCGGGCGAGGUCGUCAAUGCCUCACCCGAAGUAAACCCGGAUUUGUACUGGGCACUGCGCGGUGGCGGCGGCUCGAAUUUCGGCAUCGUGACCCGUUUCGACCUGGAAUCCUUCGAGCAGGGAGACCUCUGGUCGAAUGAGUUGACCUUCCCAGGCGCGUUGAACGCGACCCUGCUCUCGCUUUUCCAGAAUCUCACCAUCAAUGGCAUGCCCAGCGAUCCGGCAGCGCACUCGUACCUUUCCAUAUACUACGAAGCAUCGCUGGGGGAAUACAUCGUGAAUACGAGUUUCUAUCAUGCCGGGCCCCCUCCGCCAGCGGCAAGCAUGCCUGCAGUCUUCGAGCCCUUCCAGUCCGUCCCAGAUGCGAUUUCCAACACGACGUUGGUAGCCAACAUCUCGACGCAUUUGGGCGAUGUGCCCAUCCCCUACGGCUUUCGGCAGACGUGGUGGAACACCGCCAUCUCGGCUACGUCGCUGGAUCUACUUACUGAAAUCGUGUCUCUCUUCGAAGCCCGCAAUGCGCCGUUGCUGGCAGCAUCGAACGGGAGCUCGACUACCCCGUUCCUGCUCUUCCAGGCUCUGCCACUGAACAUACUCACGCAGAUGCAGAAGAAUGGCGGGAACGCGCUGGGACUGAAGCCUUCGGAUGGGCCGUUGCUGGUAGUGUCGAUCCCCACGACAUGGGAGGAUCCGCGGCUGGAUGCGCGUAUCGAGAGUAGUUCGCGAGAGCUGAUUGCUCAGAUCGAGCGUCUGGCGAAACAGAGCAACCUGGAUAAUGGGUAUGUGUACAUGAACUAUGCGAGUAGCACGCAGCAGGUGCAGAAGCAGUACGGCGAGGAUAACCUGCGCAGACUGGAGGAGAUUGCCAGGAAAUGGGAUCCGCAGGGAAAGCUGGCGCGGUUGUGGCCGGGCUAUUUUAAGCUUGACGUGUAG